UUCAUAUUUGAUCACCGUUGGAUUCUGGAAUCCAAUUCUCUACCAAAAAUCCUCCACUACCAAAAACCCUCUCCACUUGCAACAGAGAAGGCUUUCCUACAUAUAUAUAUAUAUAUAUAUAUAUAAAUACCAAAAGUGACAAAAUCCUCUCGCCAUAAUCCCAUUUAUAGUGCCUUUAUUCAAUUUAAAAAGCUUUCUACUUCGACACCCAUCUCUUCCAUGGCUACUCACACUUCCCUCAUCGCCUGGGGCUCAGGUGAAGAUGGGCAACUGGGACUAGGCACCAAUGAAGAGAAAGAAUGGGUUUGCGUUGUUGAAGCUCUUGAACCCUACAAAGUUCGUUCUGUUGUAGCCGGUAGUCGAAACUCUCUUGCUAUUUGUGAUGAUGGCAAGUUGUUUACUUGGGGGUGGAACCAGAGGGGGACAUUAGGGCACCCAUCUGGGACGAAGACUGAGAAUGUUCCUAGCCAGGUUAAGGCUCUUGCCAGUGUUAGCAUUGUUCAGGCAGCUAUUGGUGGGUGGCAUUGCUUGGCUGUUGAUGAUCAAGGCCGUGCUUAUGCUUGGGGUGGGAAUGAGUAUGGGCAGUGCGGUGAAGAACCUGAACGGAAGGAGGACACUGGGAAGCCACUGAGACGGGAUAUAGUGAUUCCUCAGCGGUGUGCACCAAAGUUGGUUGUUCGCCAGGUAGCUGCUGGGGGUACUCACUCUGUGGUUCUCACGUGUGAAGGACAUGUAUGGACAUGGGGUCAACCAUGGCCUCCAGGAGACAUAAAACAGAUAUCUGUCCCUGUGCGGGUACAAGGCCUUGAAAGAGUGAAGCUCAUAGCAGUAGGGGCAUUUCAUAAUUUAGCUCUUCAAGAAGAUGGAACUCUGUGGGCAUGGGGGAAUAAUGAAUAUGGACAGCUUGGAACUGGGGAUACCCAACCCAGAUCGCAGCCUAUUCCAGUCCAAGGGCUUGCUGGUCUCAAUUUGGUUGAUAUUGCUGCUGGCGGAUGGCAUUCUACUGCAUUAACAGAUGAUGGAGAGGUGUAUGGGUGGGGUAGAGGGGAGCAUGGGAGACUUGGAUUUGGAGAUAAUGACAAGAGCAGUAAAAUGUUGCCCCAAAGGGUUCAACUUUUAGCUGGAGAAGACAUUGUUCAGGUAUCUUGUGGUGGGACUCAUUCAGUUGCAUUGACACGUGAUGGCAGAAUGUUUUCAUUUGGUCGAGGUGACCAUGGAAGACUUGGAUAUGGGAGAAAGGUGACAACAGGUCAACCAAUGGAAGUUCCAAUUGACAUCUCCCCUCCUAGAAGUCUUAGUGGUACUGAAGCUGAGGGACAUUGGAUUGCUAAACUUGUUGCUUGUGGAGGAAGGCAUACUCUAGCAAUAGUAGAAUGGCAGACGGAUGGAUCAAAAUAGUUAAGAAAUAAGGAUAUCCUAAUAUGUGUGAUUAUAUAUAAUUAGGCGAUACAAGUUAAGCUUGAAAAGCAUUUAUUAUGAUGAACAAAUUUGAUAGAUUUAUGAAUGGGCAGCUCAGGUUCGCAAUCGUUCUUCAA